GGGAGGAAGGGAGAGGGAUUGAGAGAAAAGGGGGUGUCCGAGCUGGGGACCCGUUCCCUAUCUUUUUUCCUACAGGGCCCCCCUGGGAAUGUGGGGACGCUGGGCACUGCUCCCUGCCUUCCUGGCGGCCUGGGCCACGGUUGGAGUUUGGACUGUGUUUGCUCUCGCUGUGUCCAAUAACUCAGUGAACCUCACGCGGGUGUUUCCCUACAUCAGUCACUGCGGCUCCUUCCCCCCUCAGAGUUGCAUCUUCAGUCAAAUCCUGAACCUGGGUGCAGCCAUGGCUGCUACUAUCUGCCUGUUACGGUAUCAUCAGCUCCAGGACUGGGGGGCUCCCCCCAGCUGGAACCAGGUGAGUCUGGGGGCUGGACUGCUCUCGGCCCUGGGCACCUCUAUCGUGGGCAACUUCCAGCAAACCCUCCAGCUCCCCACUCACCUGGUCGGGGCCUUUCUGGCCUUUGCCAUCGGGCUCAGCUAUUUCUGGCUGCAGCUGUUCCUGGCUCGGAGGGUGAAGUCUCAACCCCUGCCCGGGGCGCCCUGGAUCAGCCCCCUCCGCGUGGCGCUUUGCGGCUUCUGCUCCGGCCUCAUGGUGGCCAUGGUGGUGCUGCACUUCUGGCCCCUGCGCUCGGCCGCGGCGGCCUGCGAGUGGGCCGUGGCCAUGAUCCUCUUCCUCCUGUACGGCCUCUUUGCCGUGGACUUUGCCCAGCUGGGCAGCUGCUCCCUGCGGCUCCGGGCGGCCUCCCUGCACCUCACCCCAUCUCCGGCCGACCUCCAGCUUUCCAUCCAGACCCUGCAGCUCUAGGCGGGGCCGGCUGCUCGGGGCCUGGGUCGGGGGCCCUUCGAGCUGGACCGGUUGCUUGACCCCCUCCAACCGCCCCUCUCCCUGCCCACGUCCCCUCCCCAAGGGCAGGAUGGGGGCAGGAGAGGGAGCUGGCAGAGCCGGCCCCGCUCCAGCCCGAUGGCCCUGCUGCCGGAGGACCGGGCACAUCCCGAAAGCCCCAAUAAAGGUUUUAUUUUGGAG